AGCGGCAUAAAGUCAGAAGAAAACAAACAAGCGGAGGUUUAGGCGGUCGGAUCGAGUUUACCGUUAAAACACCGGAAAGUUCAGUAACGGACGCUUUCAGUCGCUGGAUUUAGACUAAAAACCGGGAAACGGACGCAGAUAAACAGAGACUUUAGUCGGUUUAAGGUGGAAAACGUUUCGACCGGAGCGGAAUUGAAGCAGCGGGAUGGAUUUAAUCCGCUUAAACUGACGGAAAACUUCCAGAAAAUGUUGGAGAAAAGUUCCGCGGAGCUCCGGGAGGAAGAGCCGGUUCGAAAGAACGUGAAGGAACCGUUCUGCAGCCGCUACAGCUGUGGUUCUCUGCUCGGCAGCGGAGGUUUCGGUUCUGUGUUUUCAGGCCAGCGGCUGUCGGACGGACUGCAGGUGGCCGUCAAACAGAUCUCCAGAGACAGCGUCCAGCAGUGGGCCCGACUGUCAGGCGAGGCGGCGCCGGUUCCCAUGGAGAUCGUUCUGCUGCAGCGGCUGUCGGAGGUCGGAGGUCACGGAGGCGUGGUCCGUCUGCUGGACUGGUUCCAGGUGGAGGGGCGGGGCUUCCUGCUGGUUCUAGAGAGACCCCCUCAGAGCCAGGACCUGUUUGACUUCAUCACUGAGAGGGGGGCACUGCCGGAACGCCUCGCACUCAGGUUCUUCCGUCAGAUCGUGGAGGCUCUGCGAUUCGUCCACGCUAAUGGCGUCGUCCACCGAGACGUCAAAGACGAGAACAUCGUGGUGGACACCAGGACGCUGGAUGUCAAGAUCAUCGACUUCGGCUCCGGAGCGGCGCUGAAGGAGACGCCAUACAGCGAGUUCGAAGGUACGCGGGUGUACAGUCCUCCAGAGUGGGUGGAGUCUCAGUCGUACCUGGCGGUUCCUCUGACCGUCUGGUCUCUGGGGGUUCUGCUCUUCGACAUGGUUUGCGGUGACAUUCCGUUUGAGCGCGACCAGGAGAUCGUCGAGGCCAUGCCCCUCUUCACUAAGCGCGUCUCUAAAGAAUGCCAGUCUCUGAUUCGCUGGUGUCUGUCCUACCGGCCCGAGGACCGGCCCACCCUGGAGGAGGUUCUGACCCACCCCUGGAUGGACCGAGAGCCGGAGGAUGAGGAGGAGGACAGGGGAGACCUGCAGGGGGGGCCCAACUCGCUGCCGGGACAGUCCCUCUGAACCAGGAGAACCAGAAGAACCUGAAGGACCAGGAGAACUGGUUCUGGACUGUGAAGGAUCUCCUCAGACUUCUGGACUUGAAGCUGCAGAUCAGAAAAGUUCUGAUCAGUUUCUCUCAUUAAACCUGAUUGUACUGAGUUCUGGUCCUGGUCCUGGUCCUGCUUCUGGUCCUGGCUCUGGUCCUGGUUCUGGUCCUGGUUCUGGUCCUGGUCCUGGUUCUGGUCCUGGUCCUGGUCCUGGUUCUGGUCCUGGCUCUGGUCCUGGUCCUGGCUCUGGUCCAGCAGAUGAUUGAGUCGGAACACUGGAUGUAUUUAUUGAUCUCUGCUGGUUCCUGAUCACUUAUUUAUUGAUUGAUUAUUUAUCAGAUUCAGGUAAACGGAUCAAUCAGAACCGAUCGAUCAGGAGAUCAAUGAUUAUCUGAAAACAUUGGAUGCGUUUUAGUGUCUCGGCCAGAGGAAGGUUCUCUAUUAUUGAUUAUUGAUCAGUUGAUCAGUUAAAUGUUCUAACCUGCUGAUCCUGUUUGGAGCUGAGCUCACCUGAGCAGGUAGCUGAAGGUCAGGAGCAUGGCAGGGGUUGGAUGUGUCUGGAGAUACUUUUUGUGUAUUUCUGUGUAUUUUUGUGUAUUUGUGUUUCCUGGUUUUUCUCUAAAGUGGUUUUUCGUCACUUUGUUCCGUUUAUUUACAUUAAAUAAGAAAUUGAAGAAAUCGAAGAAGAAAAACGAUCCGACGUUUGAAUAAAAAUCUUUAAAGAG